UUGGUUGCAUAACCAGCUUAAUUUUAUUCAUUACAAUUUUAAAAAUAAUUAGUCUUCAAAUAUUCAACACAAGCAUUUUGCUCAUAACACAGAAAGAGAUUGAUAAGAAAUAUAUAUUUUUUGUUGAUGUUCAUAGUAAUCAUUGUAGUGACAUAACCCCAUUUAACCUUAAAAGUGAUCAAAAAUGUCGUCAAAUUCUUACGAAGAUUGGAUUUCGAUCUACAAUAACAACAUUAAGACAACAUGGGAGGCAGAAAGGUUAGAACUUCGCAAAAUUUCCAUGAUUUAUUGUGCCUUUCAAACGGAAUUAAACAAACUUAAAACUAGCAUAAGUGAUGAAAUAUUGGCUGUUAAGUCAGAACUGCGUAAAAGAGACUCCUUCCUUAAGCGUAAAACCUUCAAAGGACUGGCACAAUCGGAACAAUUCACUGAAUUAAUCCAGUUGGGCAAAGAAAACCAAACCCCUACCUCGCCCCUGAAACAGCUCGAUUUCAACGACGCCAAAACCGGAGACUUUCUCCCCAAAUCUCCUAUUUUAAGCACUAAAUGCUCGCCAACCUCUCCGUUUAUUUUCCCCCAAGUCCCCGAAACGCCCAAAUGUGACGACUCAAACAUUUUGGAGUGUUCAAUAAUCGAGAACACGCCCGUUGUCAAACCCAAGAAGCGGACAAAACCGUCGUUUAUGACGCAAAAAAGACAAAAAUUGAAAAAUAAGACUAAGCAAGAGACGACUCUCACACAGAUGUUUUUGCAGCCAAGGAAGGAAAAGGAGAUUGAUUCGAAUAUGCCGUCAAUGACCCUCAACGAGAUGAUUAAUUUGAUUAAUGACAGUAGCGGGAGUGAGACUGAGGCCGAGCUUGAGCCAUUGGAGGUGACCACUGAGCCGAAGAAAAGCCCAAUUAGAGAGUCCCCAGAAGUCGCCUUCGAGGAAGUGGUGAGGGGCAAAGCGCGUAAAAAGCUGAAAGGGUGGUCGUGCCACGAGUGUAGGGAUUACUACGAGGUGCUCAAUUUGCCCCCCGAUGAGUUGGAAAAGCGGAAAAAUGAGUGUUCGAGACACAGACGUAAGUUUCAAAGGAAUGAAACGUAUGAGGGGUUUUGGGAUUUGACGUUUGGGCCCACUCCCAAGACCCAAAAUUCGCAAUCGAUGGUUUUCAAUAAGAAAUAAAAUUUAUUAAACAUUAUAUUAUACUAUUACAAAUUUCCUCGCUUC